AUGUGGGGUAAAUUUCAUUCAAUGAAUUAAAAUUAAUGUAUAUAUUAAUUAUUAAAAAUGGAUCGUUUAAUCAUCUUGUUAGCCAUUCUUUUGAUGGUAGGAAACAACUAUGCAUUUGAUAUUCCUCAAGCUCUUGAAGUUCCAAUAGAAUAGGAAUUUUAAUUAACAUAAACCUAAUUUAAUUUGCUGUACAGUGUGUUUGCAAUUCCUAAUAUAGGGUUGAGUAUAGGGGGAGGGAUAAUGAUAGAUAAUAUGGGUGGGCGUUGGGGUGUAUGAAUAUAUUAUAUGGAUUAGGUAUUCACAUUUAGCCUUUUAUUGGGUCUUUCAUAAUUAUUCAUUUUUUUUGGUGGAUGUUAUCACAAUUAUUGCAUGAUGCUUUGUGGUAGGGCUAUAUUUGGUAUUGCAAGUGA